AUGAAUGUGCUGAGUUGGAAUAUCCGAGGCAUCUCCUCGUCUAUGCCUCUUCUCUCCCAGUACUGUAGCACUCAUAGACCGAGCCUUCUUGGUGUUCUCGAGCCCAAGUCUCGGUUUUCUAGCAUCCCGAAUUCUUAUUGGCGUUCUUUACAUCUUUCCCCGGUUCAUCAGAACGAUCGUGGUUCACGGCGUUCUAAUAUUUGGGUUUUUGUUGACCCUGCUUUGUCCCCGGCGGUGGUCUUCUCCUCUGAUCAGGUUGUGAUUCUUCGCUGCUCCAUUAUGGGAAUUUUUUGCACGUUUGCUUUCAAUCACGCUUCUUGUGAUUACAUUGAGCGUCGUCAGCUCUGGCGGGAUGCGGGCCCUUUCAUGGUGGGUGCUUGUCUUAUGAUUGGGGAUUUCAACGCGGUUUUGGGCGCUCACGAACGUCGGGGUCGUAGAACCCCUGCUUCUAGACCUUGCUCAGAGUUUUGCUCCUUCAUUGAGGAUCAUGACUUAAUUCAAUCGGACUCGUCUGGCCCUUUCUUCACUUGGACCGAUCGGCGUAGGUUCCCUUUCCCGAUUGAGUCGGUUCUGGAUAGAGCCCUUUUCUCUCAGGAUUUCUUUGAUAUUUGGUACUCUGCCUCGGCGUUGGUUCUCCCCAGGCUGGGGUCCGAUCACUCUCCUAUUCUUUUGAAGUGCCAGGAUACGGCCUCCCCCCCUGCCGGUCGUCGGUUUCGUUUCUUGAAUAUGUGGUGCUCUCAUGAGGGCUUUCUGGAUCAGGUUCGUGCUUCUUGGUCCUCGCCUCUUGAUUAUGCUUGUCCUAUGGUCCGCGUGAUGAAAAAGCUGAAACGCCUUCGUCCGAUCCUCAAGGCCUGGAACAGAGAGACCUUUGGGAACUAUAAUACUGCCUUUGCAGAUCUACAGCAGGAUCUGAGCCUUCUUCAAGAGAAUAUUGAUGAGCAAGGCUAUACGGAGGAUCUCUUUGAUCAGGAAGUUAGUUUGCAGGCGCGCCUUAGCACUAUUCUUCUGAGGAAAUCUGAGCACCUUCGACAGCAAAGUCGGGUCUCGUGGCUUUCCGAUGGGGAUCGUAAUACUCGCUUCUUCCACUCUAUGGUGAAAUGGCGUCGGGCUAGUCAAUCCAUCAAGAAGCUCAGUAUUGAUGGCGUCACUUCAGACGAUCCGACCGCUAUGGCGGCUCACGUGGUUAGCUUCUAUGAGGAUCUCUUCAUGGAGCCGAGCUCUGGGGCAGUGGACAGAUCCUGGAUCGCUGGUUACAUUCCCCAUUCUAUCACUGCGGCUCACGCUGCUCGGCUUACCUCGCUUCCUUCUGCGGAGGAUGUUCGAGAGGUGGUCUUCUCGAUGGAUGGGAACAGCGCUCCUGGUCCGGACGGUUUCAAUGGUGCUUUCUUCCAACACUCUUGGGAGGCGGAUGCGGUUCUGGUUUCGGAUUACCGGCCUAUUGUCCUGGGUAACUUCUUCUUCAAAGUCAUCACCAAAAUUCUGGCUUCUCGUCUCAAUUUGGUGGCGGCUGAGAUCGUUUCAGUCAAUCAGUUCGGUUUUAUUUCUGGACGUUCUAUUCAGGAGUGUAUUCUGCUGGCUUCUGAAGGGGUCAACUGCAUGGAACGUUCGAUUCAGGGGAGGAAUUUGGCACUCAAAGUGGACAUCCGGAAGGCCUUUGAUACCUUGAGCUGGGAGUUCGUCGACGUCGUCUUGGAUUGCUUCGGGUUCCCUCUUACUUUUCGCCACUGGAUCAGCACUAUCUUCCAGUCGGCUAAGAUUUCCGUCCUUUUUAACGGUGAGCAGCAUGGGUUUUUCAGUUGCUCCCGGGGGGUUCGUCAGGGGGACCCCCUCUCUCCGAUUUUGUUUGCUCUGGCGGAGGAGGUUUUGAGUCGCCUUCUUUUGGAUGCUGCGGAUAGGGGCUUUAUUAGUCGUAUGAGGAUGUCCCGCUCGGUGCUUUUUCCGUCUCAUCUCCUGUACGCUGAUGACGUGCUCUUAUUUUGUAAAGCUGACAAGCGCAGUUGUCGGAUGAUUGAUUCUAUCCUGCAGCUUUAUGCUAACGUUUCCGGGCAACACUGCAAUAAGAUCAAGUCCACCGUUUUUUUCGGCAAAGGGGUUUCUCUUCGGUCCCGCCGCCGGCUUCAACGUGAUUUGGGCUUCUCCCCGGGCUCCUUGCCUUUUUCUUAUUUAGGGGUCCCUGUUUUCGCGGGCCGGGCUUCUUCUGUGCGUCUGGCGGGUAUCUGGGACCGCAUUAUUGCUCAUUUUCCCAAGUGGCAAGGCAUGCAGCUUUCUAUGGCCGGUCGCCUCUGUCUGGUUACUUCCGUCAUCCAGAGUGCCGCAGUGCACAGCAUGUCAAUUUAUAAGUGGCCGGCUAAGCUCCUUCAUGACUUGGAUCGCGCUUGUCGAUCCUUUAUUUGGACGGGCAGCACCUCUUCGAAGCCUAGAUCUUCGGUGGCUUGGAAUAGGGUUUGUGCGCCGAAGGAACAGGGAGGGUUGAAUGUCAAGUCGUUCACUCACAUCAGUCAGGGUUUCAUGCUUAGGUUGGGGUGGUUGCUGCUCACUUCUGAUUCCUUUGGCUUUCGCCUCUUCAGAGAGCGUUAUCUUGAUUCCUGUCUGCGGCCUCGGUUGCCUUGGUUUUCCUCCACGAUUUGGCUGGGCUCGAGGGAGUCCAUUCGUACUUUGAUCAGAGACACGCACUGUUCUAUUGGCCCCGGCUCCUCUGUUAUGUUCUGGUUUGAUAAUUGGCUUGGUUACAGGCUGGUUGAUCGAAUUGGGAUUUCUGAGGCUGAUUAUCAUCUUCUCAUGCAGCCGGUUUCAGAUUAUUAUUUUGAUGACACUUGGCACUUCACUCUGGAUUUCGUGCAGGCCUUUCCGGAUAUUGCUGUUGACAUUGUGUCAACUCCCAUCAGCGGGGGGGAGGAUCGUCGUGCUUGGAUUCACUCUCACUUUGGUGAUGUCUCCUCCGCGAUAGCCACUGACCAUGUUCGUCCCUCCUUCCCAAAGGUUACCUGGGGCAAGUGGAUUUGGGCCCAGUUUAUUCCGAUGCGUCGUUCUAUUAUGACCUGGAGGGUUAUUCUGGGCAGGCUCCCUACGGCCAGCGCUUUGCGUCGUUCGGGUUACUGCGGUCCGGGUUGGUGCCCUUUGUGUAAGAAUGCGAACGAAGAUAUAUGUCACCUUUUUUGGGAGUGCGAGGUUGCUAGACAAGUUUGGGGUUCCCUCUUUUCCUGGUUCAGGAUGGACGGCUCUGGUUCUCAGGAGAUUGGAAGCUUCAUCAUUUGGGCCAUGAACAGGACUGUGAGCAGGCAGGUGAAUAACCUCUGGCGGGUGGGUGUUAUGUCUACUAUUUGGAGUAUUUGGAAUCUGAGGAACAUGGCUAUUUUCAAUGACGCUCCGGUGUCUGCUAUGGCCUUAGCUGUGCAGAUUAAAGCUUUCAUUCUCGAAGCCUCUCGCAUCAGCCUGGGGGAGAUGGCGAACUCUGUGGACGAUCUUCUUGUUCUUCAUGGUCUUGGGGUCCCGGGUCGACCUCGUCGGCCUACUUCCUACAUCUAUGUGUUUUGGCUUCCUCCUCCUCAGCCUUGGCGGAAGAUUAAUAUUGAUGGUUCGGUGCAUGGCUCCCCUCCCCUUAUCCACACUGGUGGGGUUAUGCGUGACGCCUCGUCUGUCUUAGGUUGCUUCCAUUUCUCUGCUGGCCGUGGUUGGGCGUUUGAAGCCGAGCUUCUUGCCCUCAUCAUUACCCUGGAGCAGAUCAUCGCUCAGAACUGGGAUUUCGUGUGGAUUGAGACGGACUGCACCUACAUGGUUGAUCUCCUCCGUUCGCGCUCCCACACGGUCCCGUGGAGAUUCUUCAGUCGUUGGCGGAAGGUACUUUCUUCCAUUGCUGAUUUGCACAUUAUUAUCACUCACAUUUACAGGGAAGGAAAUAGGGUUGCUGACUUCAUGGCCUCUUCGGUGACGGAGGAGGGUAUUUGGCCGUUUGCGAUCCCGGAGAUUCUUCAUUUGGUGAGAGAUGACAGAAGAGGUCUUCCUUACAUUCGUAUCGCCCCCUAA